AUGGCAACUAACAACAGCAGCCGUUCUUCGACUCCGUCCACGUCGACGCCUCCACCAACACCGGCGGCAGCAGUUGUUGCGGCAGUCAAGUCGACGACGCAAAUCGAUGAAACGGAGCUGGAGCAGAAACUGUUCCGGAUCUAUACUCAAGAGGUGAAAGCGUGUGACAAGGAUGGUCAGAGUACUCAACACAUCGGUGAGUUUGUCAAUUUCGGAACUAAUCGGGAAACAGGAUGUGGCAGGCAUAACUUGGUUUUUCGGAUAAGUGUGAAUUGAAUUCAACUCCUCUCUGAUGUUCUAGUUUGUAGUGUUGGACAUGAGAGAUUUCAAGAGUUAAUAAGUUUUGAUUAGAGAUCAAUAACCGAAUCAGAAACAGAACAGAAAAUCGAUUAGACGGUAUUCAGAGUUGUUGACAAUAACCGAAAUCGUAUCAAUCGAAUUUCGAAUUCGAAUUUCGCGCCGACAGAAAGAGUCAUCGAGAUAGAGAGAAAGAGAGAUAGACCCAAGUGCGCAGGAAGGGGUAGGAUAGAGUGUUGUCCAUUAUUUUGUCCCAACCAAUUUGGCCGGCCGGUUGGUUGCGCGAGGCAGGGGUUGCGUAGUCCCGACCACUUGUCACGGGGAUAUUUGUGCGAUUGUUCAGAAACCAGCAAACAUUGCAUGGUCCCCAGUGGGAAGUGAAGGCAACACAAAGGUGAUUGAGAUUUGGGCGAAUGGGAACAAUUAACGAGGUGUGAGAGAAGGCAGCGAGUAGAGUGACACCUUCAUUGAUUCGUUCUACAGGCGAUGAAUGGAUGAGGAGGGAGAUACGCAAGAUCUGCGGAUUCAAUGUCUCUGAUCGAUGGAUCAAGCUGUUCCGAAGAAAGCAUAACAUUCGGUAAGGAAAUAAGUACGCUUCUAAUGCUGAUGACCUAGAUUCUCAAGCGCCUCAUCAUUAUUCUUUUUUGCAGCUAUUUUAGCGGGCGCCGACACGCCGACAAAACGAACAAAACGAUACCGUUGGCGGUGUUGGACACGACAAAGGUGAAGACGUCCAACUUUUUGAAGGGUCAGUCGGCUGAUUGAUGAUAGAAAGGGAACGGGCCGUAUGAAACAUGAGAUCACCCCAUCCACAACAUAAGAACUCUUCAGAAAGAAGAACACUGCGGACGAGUCGUAAAGAGUACGUAGAAGUGGAUUCGCGUGUCAACGAAGAGAUCGUUCGACGGCAAACCAAAGGGGAGCGACUCACAAAUCCUUGGAUCAGAGAAUACGCGCAAUGCAUCGCUUCUCAAAUGCACCCGCAAAUGACGGACGAAGAAAUACGGAAGUUCUUCGACGCCAACUGGCUCUACCGAUUCAAGCGACGAUAUAGUGUCGAGUUGAAGGUGAGCGAGGCAGCACUGAAUGAUUUACGGCUCCAGAAUUAAUGAGAUUUCAGCCCCGGAGCCCCGAAGAGAUUCAAAAACCGUCACCUUCGUUGACGAACGACAGCGAUGAAUCUUUUUCGUCAGUGGUGUGCAACGACAUAAAAUCAGAAGACGUGGAAGAGUUGCCUGAUACAUCGAGCUACUACAACCAGAUGCUGCAGUUUCAUCACUACUUCAACAUGAUGAACCAAGCUGUGGGCGGUUCUGCCGAAGAAGACAAGGAGCUAAAUGAACAAUGA